AUGGGGAAGGACGCACGAGAUGACGCUAAGUAUUGGAAGGAGAGGAAGAGUCGGUAUAUUCUGCACUCUGGUUUGAGGGUAGAUAAACAGAAACAGAAAGAUGAGACAUAUGAGAGAUUUCGAUACCUUCUGAAGUUAACAGACCUUUUUCGCCAUUUCAUAAGCGUACGAGCAAAACAAGAUAAAAACAUUCAAAAACUGCUCAAAAGCAUCGAUCAAGAUGGCGCAGGAGGGGGUAAACUAUCUGAAAAAAGAUCACAAGACUCUAGGCACUAUAGAAAGAGUGAGAAAGAGGAAGAUGCCGAGCUUCUAGAGGAAGAGGAGGACGAAGGAACUCCCGCCUUAAUUCUGACUGAAUCUCCCAGUUACAUCAAGUCUGGAACCCUUCGGGAUUAUCAGAUUCAAGGCUUGAACUGGCUGCUUUCGUUGCAUGAUAACAAACUGUCGGGCAUAUUGGCAGACGAAAUGGGACUAGGAAAAACGCUUCAAACGAUUGCGUUUCUCGGCUAUCUUCGUUACGUGAAGGGGAUAGACGGCCCACACAUUAUUAUAGUGCCGAAAUCUACGUUAAACAAUUGGAAGCGUGAACUUGCUAAAUGGACGCCUGAAGUCAACACUGUGGUUUUGAGCGGUGACAAAUAUGAACGUCAGCAACUACUGAAAGAUAUUGUUCUCGAAUGCAAGUUUGAUGUGCUUAUAACUUCCUAUGAGAUGGUCAUCAGAGAAAAGGCUACGCUUAAACGCUUCAGAUGGCAAUACAUCAUUGUUGAUGAGGCACACCGCAUCAAAAAUGAAGAGAGUGCACUAUCUCAAAUCAUAAGAUUAUUUCACUCCGAAGGUAGGCUACUUAUUACCGGAACCCCACUCCAAAACAACUUGCAUGAGCUUUGGGCACUUCUUAACUUUUUACUUCCAGAUGUUUUUGGCGAUUCUGAUGCUUUUGACGAGUGGUUUCAGCAGAACAAUACAGAUGAAGACCAAGAGGUUGUUGUUCAGCAACUUCAUACUGUCUUGAGCCCUUUCCUUUUAAGGAGGUUGAAAUCAGAAGUGGAAACGUCUUUGCUUCCAAAAAUCGAGACAAACUUGUAUGUUGGAAUGACAGACAUGCAGGUUCAAUGGUACAAAAGCCUUCUAGAGAAAGACCUUGAUGCUGUCAAUGGUGCCAUCGGCAAGCGCGAAGGUAAUACAAGACUUCUUAACAUCGUUAUGCAGUUACGGAAAUGCUGUAACCAUCCUUAUCUGUUUGAGGGAGCCGAACCCGGCCCUCCCUACACAACUGACGAGCACCUUAUUUUCAAUGCUGGUAAGAUGAUUGUACUUGAUAAACUUUUGAAGAAGAAAAGGGAGGCUGGUUCUCGCGUUCUUAUUUUCAGUCAAAUGUCUAGACUACUCGACAUUCUUGAAGAUUACUGCUUUUUCCGUGAGUAUAGUUAUUGCCGUAUUGACGGUUCAACUUCCCACGAAGAAAGAAUUGAUGCUAUCGAUCAAUUCAACGAACCAAAUUCGGAUAAAUUCAUUUUCCUUCUAACGACGAGAGCAGGGGGGCUGGGAAUAAACCUUGUGACAGCUGACACAGUAGUUUUGUAUGACUCAGAUUGGAACCCACAAGCAGACUUGCAAGCUAUGGACAGAGCCCAUAGGAUCGGUCAAAAAAAACAAGUCUACGUUUACCGAUUUGUUACCGAAAAUGCAAUAGAAGAAAAAGUAAUUGAACGAGCUGCUCAAAAGCUUCGGCUGGACCAACUCGUUAUACAACAGGGUGUGGGGAAGAAAACUUCGGCUAUUGGGAGCUCUAAGGGUGAACUUCUUGGAAUGAUUCAGUUUGGAGCAAAGGAUGUCUUUGGAAAAGGUUCUAGAAAAAUGUCUACAGAUGAUGAUAUUGAGGAGAUUCUAAGAAAAGGAGAACAAAAGACACAUGAAUUAAAUGCAAAGUAUGAAAAACUUGGUUUGGAUGAUCUUCAAAAAUUUAAUGGGCUUGGCGACCAAUCUGCUUACGAAUGGAAUGGGGAAAACUUCCAGAAGAAAAUCAACGACCAAACCGAAAAUUGGAUUAAUCCUUCAAGAAGAGAAAGGCGCAGGGACCAAGUUUCUUACAUUGAUGAUAGUAAUAAGGAUGGUGACGGUUCCAAAAGCAUGAAAAGCAGCCCUCAGCCUAGAAUGGCAAAACCUCCAAAAUUGAUCAAUGUUCAAGAUUUUCAGUUCUUUCCUUCAGGCUUCAAAGAACUUCAGGAGAAAGAGCAGCUCUCUUUCCGGAAGAAAGUUAAUUACAGAGUUUCCGCUUAUGAUUUGGGGCUUGAAGAAAAUGACAUUCCAAGUUCAGAGCUUAGCGAGCGCGUGGCGCAAGAGCAAGCCAAAAUCGACUCUGUUGGAGACUAUACGGAGGAAGAUGAAAGACUUAAGCAAGAGCUUAUUCAUCAUGCAUUUACAAACUGGACGAAAAGGGAGUUUUUGACUUUUAUUAGUAGCUGCGCCAAGUAUGGUAGAGAUGACUUCAGUGCCAUUUCUGAGUCUUUGGACAACAAGACCAUUGAUGAGGUCAAGGCAUAUGCAAAAGUCUUUUGGGAAAGGCACAAGGAACUUAAUGGCUACGAAAAGUACUUAAACACAAUAGAAGGCGGUGAAAAAAAGGCAGAUAGAUUAAAGGUUCAAGGGGCCUUGCUCAGAGAAAAGGUGGAGCAGUUUCAGUAUCCUAUGCAAGAAAUGACGAUAAACUAUCCCCCAAAAAAUUCAAGGAAAACGUUUGAUCAGGUUGAAGAUAGGUUCAUAUUAAUGGCGGUCAACAAGUACGGGCUCUCCUCGGAGAACUUGUAUGACAAAGUCAAACAAGACAUCAUGAAAAGCGAUCUCUUUAGAUUUAAUUGGUUCUUUAAGUCACGGACAGCUCAAGAGAUUUCGAAAAGAGCGAACACCUUGCUCUCCAUAGUCACUAGGGAAUUUGAAAGCUCUGAGUCUCUCAAGAGAAAACAAAGCGAGCCAAAGAAAGAUGUCAGUAUCGAAGGCGCUAGUCAGGCGAGCGCUGAGCCGGUUGAAAAGAAACCUAAAAUGCACGAGAUUUCUACUCAGUGA